AUGACUUGUCGCGUUUAUUUGGGAAGACUGCCUUACGGUACGAGGCAACGAGACGUCGAAAAGUUUUUCCGUAACUACGGAAGACUGCGAGAAAUCAAUUUAAAGGAUGGCUAUGGAUUUGUGGUAAGAGUUUCCUAUUAUUUUUGUUCACGAUUUUCAAUGCAUGUGAAUUUCCUUGAAUGUGAACCAAAAGAAUAGAUUUAACUUUAAUUCAUGGUGUAAUUUUUAAUGUGAAGCACAUGGUUGCAUGUAAUUAUAGUAUUUGCUUGGGCAAUGAAUGGUAAAUGGACGUAUUCAGCUGACGUAUUAUAAACGUUGACAAGACGUUUAAUGACCUUUAAUAUGGAAAUUUUCAGGGCAUAAGUUGUUGAUGUUUUGGAUUGUUGAUACAAAAGUCGAGCCUUUUGUACUCGGCAGAUUUGAUGGAAUUUAAACCCCAUUUACACGUGCUAAAAAAUCAGCACGGCACGCCAAAUUUUUGGCACUGUGCCUCGUUUACCCGUGCCGAGACUACCUCUGUGAGGAAGUCUUGGCACGCCUAAAAUUUUGAGCUCUGGUGCCAGAUUACAUUUGGGACCGAUACAUUUACACGUCAAAAAUUGGGAGUGCCGUGCCUUAAAGUCGUUAGCAUGGUGCCAAAAAUGUGGCGUGCCGUACCAAUUUUUUAGUGCGUGUAAAUGAGGUUUUAAGCUCAAUUUAUGGUUGCGAUUUGGUACAUUUUUGCACGUAGGAUUCACUUCUUUCCAUGAUGUAAACAUGUCCCGGGUAAAUAAUAGAAUUCUCUGUUUUCACUGUCACGUUUGCAGCAAAACACUACUCGAUAGCUCAACUCUUCGGCAGUACUUAUCAGCCAUAGGGAGCUAUAUGUUGCAUAUUCCAAACUCUGCAGAGGGAAAUUGUUUAAGAGAAAAAGAAAACCACACACUAUGUCGGAAAAGCGAAAUAAAAUCAAUAAAUUUGCGAAUUACCAAAAUAUAAUAGUGAGAAACAGUCCCACCUUGGACUGCCAUGUUUUUGUUCCUUCCCAAGACUGUUGAUCUAUGGUUUUUGACGUAAUGUGCAUGAUCAGUACACAAAUCCGCUGGCAAGACUUUUGCUGAUCACUUGGCAAGUAAUGCGAGAACAUCAUUUGGAUUUUUCAUUCAAGAGAAUGUGUGGGAAGUAGCUUCCCCCCCGCCCCCGGUUGUGCAUUUUUUCAGAAAUUGUUGUAUUAUUGAGAGAUGUAGAAUCACAAUUUGGCAAACAUCAGUUUGUACAGCUUUUGUUACUUUUUGUGUUUCUGUGCUUCAUAGAGCCAAACUAAACAAGUGCAAUAAUUGCACAAAAUUGCAAAUGUUACUGUGAAUGUACUGCGACAAAAAUUACAUCUAUGCAAAAUCAGUACUUUCAUGCAAGUUUUAUCUUCUUAUGUCCUAAUUUGAAUUGUCUAUAUGUCAAUUAGUGGCUGGUUUUUCUUAAGUCACCACCAGAGUGCUUAGGUUUGAAAGUCAUUUUGUGUUUCACUCUUGGAAUGCUUGUGUAAAUUCAAGUUUCUAAUACUGUACAUACAUAAUUACUUUCUUGUGUGUACCAUUUUCAGGAGUUUGAAGAUAGCAGAGAUGCAGAAGAUGCUGUUUAUGAAUGCAAUGGGAAAGAAAUGAUGGGAGAAAGGUAUGCAUUAACGGGCCUGACAAAAUUUAAAAAUUAUUCCAGAAAAAUAAUAUGCUAAGCAUACACUAUGUUGACUUCUAGUCUUUGGUUUUCAUCUCUCCAGUCAUCACAGUUGAUUGCAGGACAUUGUCCAAUGAUCAACUGUUACUUGCAGCUUUGAUUACUUGCAGCAUUUUAUCAAUAAUCUGCCUGUUCUAUUACCUCAUUGUCUGUCAUGUUCGGGUAUAGCUAACAUUUGAGAUUUGAACAUUUGAUUUUUUUGUGAAAAAGUCUUCAAUAGUUUUGCUUUAACAAUUGGCUUGUCCAAGUUUUAGACGCCAAACCAUUAUCUGUUUGUGUAAGAGUGAUUAGCUGCGUUUAUCUCCUUUAGGAAAUCAGCACUAGUAGUAGCUGUUGUUGUUAUUUAAUUUAAAGUAAUGUGUUCGUAUUAGUAAUAAUCACUUGAAUUAAGUAAUCUCCAUCCUUAACAAGAAGCAAGACCCCUAAUCAGGUCAGUGUGACUUGUUUGAUUUCAGGAUCCUAGUUGAACAUUCACGCGGAACAGCCAGAGGCUUCAGUGGUGGCCGCAAAUCCAGGGCCAGAGAUAAGUAAGUGCAGUAGAUUCUAGCUUGGUUUUAAGUUUUAAGAAUUUCUUUUCCCUUAUUUUGAGUUCAUUCUCAAAUAUUCUUCCACUUGGACAAGUAACAGAAGGAAAUGAAAAACAUGAAGCAGUACAAGGAAAUUUCUUUGUGAUAAGCAGUAAUGUCUAAGUCUCAUCACUUUCUUUUGUCUCGGUAGGUAUGGACCUCCUGUAAGAACACCUUGGAGGAUCAGAGUAGAAAAUUUAUCAACGCGUGUUAGUUGGCAGGUCAGUAAGAUAUUAAAGAAGUAAUGCCAUCUCUUGUUUCUUCAAUGUUCUAGUUAGGCUGUAAAUAUGAUUUUUACAGGGGGUUGAAAGCGAAAGAUGGUUUGGUUCUAGUAAUGAUUUUGUGAAUAAAACUAAAGAACUGGUCGUGUUGAAAAUGUUGUAUUUGCUGCUUCAUCCACAGUGGUGGAUCCAGGGGAGGGCUCCCCCCUUAUUUUUUGAUCAAAAUGAGGCCCAAACGGCCGAAAAAAAUGUUUUUGGAGAACCCCUCCCCCCCUCCCCCUUAUCUGAAGGUCUGGAUCUGCCACUGAUCCAUGGUGUUUUAUUUAAUUGUAUAGUUGAAACAAUAUCAUGUUAAAUGAUUCAAGAGCUUUGAAUUCACACUUUGCAUAAUUAUGUGAUGAUGUUUCCUGGUGCUUCUUACACAUUUUUUCAGUUUCUAAAGCCGUACAGGUGUAUGUGACUGUUUGCUGAUGUUGUUGGGUUAAUGGGAAUGAAAUUGGUAUUAUUGCUGUGUUUUAUGAGGAAAUACCUGCUUUCUGAACAAGAAUCCUGUUAAAAAUUUAUGGAAAACAAGAUAAAACUAAAUAUAUGAUGUUAUAUACUUGAUGUAGGCAGGUCUGAUAAAACUUUACCUUGCCUUGAAAUAUUUUCAGUUACAAGAUGCGCUUGUGAGGGGUGAUGUGAGGGUAGUCACAGAUGCUUAGAUGAUUAGAUGCGCUCCCCUCUGAUGUUUGAGUGGUUUUGAUGCUCAGAUGCCAUCCGAUGUUGAUACUAAUCAUCAUGACGAGCCAAGUUUUAACAAAGGCAUGACACAAAAACACUCCCGUGGCAAAUGCUGACUGAUGAACUGUGCGAUUUGAAAAUGACUCAGACGGUGGAUUCCUGCGAAAUUGUUGCUGUAGUAUUUUAAUUUGUGACACUAGUUUCUUGAUAUGCCCUGGCUUGUCAAACUUGUCUUCGGAGCCAGCUACAGUUCAAAGUUAAGAUGAGAAAAGGGUUGAAAAAUAUAUACCAUUGAAAAGAAAAUAAAUAGGAAGGGAAGUUUCCAUGUUUACACUAUUUUGCAUUAUAAACGAGGGUUUUCUUGAGGGACAGUGACCCCUGUCUAGAUAACUGAAAAGUCAAAUGAUUAAAGUUGAAUUCAGGGUGAUAAAAUCUCUGCAUAACUCAUGACCAAGGUUGUUUUGUUAAGUACAACUGUCAUUACUAGGAUCUCAAAGACUAUGUACGCCAAGCUGGAGAAGUGACAUAUGGAGAUGCACACAAACAAAGACAAGGUGAAGGGUAAGUAAGUCUGUUGGAAUACUUUUUUGCUGUCCUGUAGUGUGCAGUGAAUUAGUAGGCUCAUUGUUGAGAAUCACUGCUUCCUAGUUAGUUCAUUUGGCUGGAUACAAGAAUUUGAAGUAAGAGGCCUAAGCACUCCAAGCUCUGACCAUUUCAGUCACUGUGGCAAGUAGACUAAAAUUGCUGUUAAAGUAACAAAUUUGGUGACCUGUGUUCAGUCAUAAAAUGCCAAACCAUGGUGUUUUAGUUAGUUAAAUUGUGUUUAUGGUCCUUAAAGAGAGAUCAUGAAACAUUUGUAGGAAAGAAUAUUGUAUUCCCCCCUUCCCCUCUUCCCCUUCCUGUGCAAACCUGACACCACCCAUCCUCAAAAUUUUCUUCAACAACUGUUGAAGUAUGUUUCCAACUAGUGACUUUCUUGUUUUUGUUUUGAUUUGUUUUGUUCAGUGUCCUUGAGUUUGCCAGCAAGAGAGAUAUGAAAGAUGCCCUAAGGAAACUUGAUGGGACUGAGCUGAAUGGAAAGCGCAUUAAGCUUGUUGAUGUAAGUCUGAAAAAAAUUUUUAUUAUUUGAACAAUAAAACUCCAGUGACUUCCUUCUGAUAAGGAUAUUAUUAUUUUACUAUUCAUUCAGAUUAUUUCUAACCUCAAAAUAUGCUCAUCACUAUCUACCGUAUUUCCUGGAAUAGGUGCUCACGCUCUGAUAAGCGCCCUUACCAAAUAAGCACCCACCACUUUUUUUAUAGGAGGGGUACAAGGAAAACUUGUUUCUAUUGCCACUUUAUUGAGAACUCGGUGUAUCAACGGUAUAAUGAAACUAAGGUACUCUUGAUUAUCAACAGGAGAACUUAAUAGACACCCCCCUCGAUGAAGCGCCCUCCUUCCAAUAAGGGCCCAUCCUUAUAGCCAAAAUUUUAAAUAAGCGCCCGGGAGCUUAUUCGAGGAAAUAGUGUAUGUGAAGUUCCCAUCUUCUUAACAUUUGCCUACACACAUUCUUCAAAGAGAAAUUUUCAUCUAUCGAGUGGUAUACUUUCUAUUCUUACUAUGUUUCGUAGACUGGUAUGUUGUUUUUUUGUCAUAAAGUGUGAAAUCUUCCGCAAUUUAUUUUUCUCCAGCUCUGCACUGCCAAAACAGCUGAGCGAUCGCGUCGCCUUCCAUCCCUCUUGUUUGUCGAUUAUCAGUAUAACUGACGUCGGCGGACUGUAUCAACUGUAUUGGCAAACAUGUUCCAAUUUUGGUCAAAGCUACAAUCAGGGACAAAAGUAGUUGACGCACUUGUCGAAAAGGCGCGUUUCAUGAACAGUUUCAUUCAUUUCCUAUUUGAUCCUGAUUUAACGGCGUAAAUCCCCCCCAACCCCCGAAUCAGUGUUUGUUUGCAGGAAAAGAAAGGUUUGAUGGUCUUAAAUACAACAUUAAGGGUUUUAGGGUACACAGAGGGAAGGAGCAAUUUUGUCUCAACACUUUUGUCCCUCAUCGUAACUGUUACUACGAAGAAUUGGUUGAAGAUUAAAGCCAAUCGGAAACAGAGAAAUAUUUUGAAUGAAAAGUAAUAUACUUAGUAUGGUUUAAGUGUUAAAAAUGAUUGUUUUUGUUCUUUAGGAAAGUACACCUUCUCGUUCCUGUACUCUUUCUUUGACGUAGACUCUAAUUGGAUAGUAUGAUUUACGUAACUCAAUUCUUUUGCAGGAAAGUCCACGUUCUCGUUCUCGUUCUCGAUCAAGAAGCCGCUCCAGAUCCAGAAGACGAUCUCGAUCCAGGUCUCGCUCAGCUUCACGAUCUCGACGACGCCGCUCAAAAUCACGAUCACGUUCUAGAUCACGAUCCCGAUCGCCACGACGCAAAUCGCAUUCCAAGUCGCGCUCAAGGUCCAGGUCACGAUCCCGUUCACGAUCUCCGCGCAAAUCCAAGUCCCGAUCACGUUCACGUUCACGCUCAGCAUCUCGAUCGCCCAGAAAUGAUAAAGAAGCAUCUGCGGAACCUGGAGCUGAUGAUAAUCAGAAUCAUAAUUCAGCAGAAAGAGAUCAGGCCCGUGAAGAUGAUGAUGAUGCCGACGCUAAGGCUUAGUAAAAUGCCGUUUCUUUGCUUGUACUUUUAAAACGUGUUGGUUAGAUUAUUGAUUCUGUACUGUCAGAUGUGUUUUAAUGGUCAAACAUACAAGCUGCCAGCUCUUUUAUUAAGCAAUAUGUAGGCGUGACUCUUGACCAAGUUAUUUAUUUGUAAGGCUGUAGGCAGCGAAAACCUUCUGAUUGGAUGUCAUUUCAUUUGAACGUGUUUAUUGUUUUUAGUUUAUUUGCUGGAACUGGAAAUUGCUUUUAUUAAACA